AAUUUAAUUUGGGCUCAAAAUUAUACCCGGCCCAUAUUCAUUAUGCCCAAAAUUGUUCCUCCUCUACUCCUCCUUCACUCUCUCUUUCUUCCCACUACGCCAAAAUCUUUCAGCUUAAACCCUAGCUAACUCUCCAACUACAAGUGUGAAAAUAGAAUUUGAUUUACUGGAGUAAAGAUGAAGAUGGGUCAGCCAUUUAGUGGCAACAUGAAGAGAGCUCUUGCUGGCAUAAGACGUAUCAAUUUGGAAGGUCUGAGAUGGAGAGUAUUUGAUGCCAAAGGCCAGGUCCUGGGAAGGCUAGCAUCACAAAUAGCCACCGUGAUUCAAGGCAAAGAUAAACCGACGUACACGCCUAACCGCGAAGAAGGUGAUAUGUGCAUUGUGCUCAAUGCAAAGGAUAUUUGUGUCACUGGGAGAAAGCUCACUGAUAAGUUCUAUCGAUGGCACACUGGUUACAUAGGCCACCUCAAGGAGAGGAGCCUGAAAGACCAGAUGGCUAAGGAUCCAACAGAAGUUAUUCGCAAAGCUGUCCUGCGCAUGUUGCCAAGAAAUAAAUUGCGCGAUGAUAGAGAUCGGAAAUUGAGGAUUUUUACCAAUGAUGAGCACCCGUUUGGUGACAGACCUCUAGAGCCGUAUGUGAUGCCUCCUAGACAAGUCCGUGAGCUUCGCCCUCGUACAAGACGAGCCAUGAUUCGAGCUGAAAAGAAAGCUGAACAACAGCAACAAGGUACAAACAACACAAGUAAAAGAAAAAAGAACAAGGACGCGGAAGCAGCAGCAGUGAGCACAUGAAGCAGAUUACACUUCACAUGAAAUUUCGAGUUUGGGCUCUAUUUUCCAGCCAUAACGCUAUCUUGGCGUGGCUACCAAGAUGAUUGAAAAAUUACAGUAGAAUAUUAUGUGCCUGGAAUUCAGUUUUUUUUUUUUUGGAUAGUUUGUUUGCAUGUAUUUGGAAGUGGUGCCUUACGGAGGUCACGGGUUCAAGCCGUGGAAACAGCCUCUGGCAGAAAUGCAAGGUAAGACUGCGUGCAAUACACCUUGUGGUGGGGCCCUUCUCCGGACUCUACGCAUAGCGGGAGCUUUUGCGCACUUUUUUUUUUAGUUUGUUUACGUGUAUUUGUUAGUCACUUUUGUCUUAUGUUAUAAGUAUUUGGCUGGAGAUGAACAAGGAUAAAUGAUACACUUGACCAUCAUUAUUGCCA